AUGAAAUCGUUCACCUUCACUUCAUUCGCGGUCGCCGCAACCCUUGCAGCCGCCCAAGACGUUACAGUCUCUACAACAUGCGGCGACUACACUGCUGGUUCAGAUGAAGUCCUGUACACCGUCCCAUACACUUACGAAGAAGUCAUUCCAAUCAUCGAAAACUUCGGCAACCUGACCUACGCCGGGGUCCCAGACGGCUCCGUGUCACUCAAUGGUAGCGAUAAUACAGUCGGCACGGCACGAACAUACGAACUCGCCGGCAUGAAAGCAGUGGAGACGCUUCUCAACUACUCCAACCCAGCAGCACCUGGACCUUACUUUGAAAACCACAACUUCGCCAAUGCCACGGUCGGCGACGCCAGCGUCUACAUCCCAACCGAUGCCACGAGCUUGACGAGCGUAUGCGACGGAAAGGCUAGCAUGAUGAAUUUCACGGCACACUUUUGUGCAACGAAUGCUACUUUCGCUGCUGCGACGCUGCAUAUGAUCCAUUUGGGCUGGGCAGCAAACGUUGGCACGAUGCUGGGCGGCAAGAACUUCACAGAUUGUGCUGCGCUCGGGGCGAGCAAUACAUCCGGUCCCGCGAGCCCUACUGGUACGGCGCCUUCUGGGUCUACUCCCAGUGGAAGUUCGGGGAGUGAUGCGGCGGCGCAGACUACCGCUGCGGGAACGAAUGCAGGAUCGAGAAGCCAGGCGGGAUGGCGGAGUGCGGGGAUGGGUGUUGCGUUUGCAUUGCUGAUGCUGUAA